CCUCCCGCGCCUGCGCAGAAGCUGCGGAAGGCGCCGUCAUGACCGCGUCAGGACUCGCCGCCUUGCUGGGCCGCGUCCCUGCGGCUGCGUGGGGAGCGACAAGAUCACCCAUUCUGUAUCAUUCUUGGAGAAAAGCAAGUUCUUCGCCAGGGGGAAAAGCUGGACACGUCACACAAACCCUUAAGAAGCCCAGGUUGCCAGAAGGUCGCUUUGAUGCCCCAGAGGGCUCCCAUUUUGAGAAAGAACCACUGAAAAAAUUCCCAGAUGAUGUUAACCCAGUUACCAAAGAAAAAGGUGGACCAAGGGGCCCGGAACCUACGCGAUAUGGAGAUUGGGAACGAAAAGGACGCUGUAUUGACUUUUAAGUCACAUAUUCUUUAACUUUGUAUCAUUUUCUGAAUAUGCACAUAUGAACUAUUUCUGCCUUUUCUUUCUAUUCUUCAAUUCAUUAUUUUCAUAAUAUGCUUAAAAAUAUUCUUGAUGGCUCUAAGAGAAAAUAUACUAUAACUAUAAUAAAUUAAGAAAGGGGAAAAUAGUUUUGCAUUAGCACAUAUUUAACUUGAAUGUUUUGGGAUUUAUAGAUGAUGAUAGUUGUAAACUUCUGCUUCAUCCUUUUUUCAGCGUAAAUUAAUCAGUUGCUGCUAAAUGUAAAUAAAAUAAUUUUGCAGUGA